CAGUUUGCGAUGGCGACUCUCUACCUACCUCUCUCCUCUUCCUCUGACCCUCGGUGUCUCUGGGUGCGAGUCUCCAGACAGUUCUCUUGUCACUCUCGCCCUAAAGUCCAGGAGGUCUCUUCUGGCCCCCGAGGUCUCCCUCUGCCCUGCUUGCUCACACCAUCCUCAGGAUCUGUAUGGGGUCCUUGGGCCGUAUCUUACAUGCUGGCUCCGGACAUCCUCUCUGGCUGCGGAGACCCCCGAAGCUGUGCGCUCAUUAAGCAAUGGGUGAACUACGCGGAGUCAGACCUGCUGCCCUCCACCUAUGGAUUAGAACAUGCGCAGGAAAGAGAUCGGGCUUAUCUAGAACUUCAGAGAAUUCUGGGUUUUCUGGACCAUCACCUGAAGGUGCGCACUUACCUGGUGGGGGAGAGACUUAGUCUAGCGGACAUCGCCGUGUCCUGCUGUCUCAUCCAUCCCUACAGCAAGGUCCUCUCUCCAUCUGUUAGAGAUAAUCUCCCAAACGUCACCCGCUGGUUCCUAACCUGUGUCAGCCAACAACAGUUUCAGGAGGUCUUGGGAGAGGUGACUCUGCUCGGCGCAGAGACCGAUACUUCUUCUACCUCAGCUGCCCCAACUAACACCACGGCUCCUGCGAAGACGCCUGCCCAACUGAAGAAAGAGUCCAAGAAGAAAGAGAAGCUUGAACGCUUUCAGCAGAAGCAAGAAAAGAUCAAAGGCCAGCAGACAGAGGUGAAAAAACCAAAAGCAGAAAAGAAAGAGAAGAAGGAGUUGGGGGUGAUCACAUACGACAUCCCGACCCCUCCAGGAGAGAAGAAAGACAUCCAGGGUCCGAUGCCGGAUUCCUAUAGUCCUCAUUAUGUAGAGGCUGCUUGGUAUCCAUGGUGGGAAAAGGAAGGCUUCUUUAAACCAGAGUAUGGGAGGUCAAGCAUUUCGGACCCCAACCCCAAGGGUAUGUUCAUGAUGUGUAUCCCACCCCCAAAUGUGACCGGAUCUCUCCAUUUAGGACACGCGCUCACUAACGCCAUCCAGGACAGUCUGACUCGAUGGCAUCGGAUGCGCGGGGAGCUAACGCUGUGGAACCCGGGAUGUGACCACGCGGGAAUCGCCACCCAAGUGGUGGUGGAGAAGAAGCUUUGGCGCGAGAAAGGGAAAACCCGACACGACCUGGGGAGGUCUGAGUUCAUAGAGGAGGUGUGGAAGUGGAAGAGCGAGAAGGGUGACCGGAUUUACCACCAGCUGAGGAAACUGGGGAGUUCUCUGGACUGGGACAGAGCCUGUUUCACUAUGGACCCCAAACUCUCCUUGGCCGUCCAGGAGGCUUUCAUCCUUCUCCACGAAGCUGGGGUGAUUUAUCGCAGCAAGCGCCUCGUCAACUGGUCCUGCACGCUCAACUCUGCCAUAUCAGACAUAGAGGUGGACAAGAAGGAACUGAGUGGACGUACAAUCCUUCCCGUGCCCGGCUACAAAGAAGGUGUGGAGUUCGGGGUCCUGGUAUCCUUUGCCUACAAAGUAGUGGAGACAGAUGAGGAGGUUAUCGUGGCCACCACUCGAGUGGAGACCAUGCUGGGUGAUACAGCUGUGGCCGUGCAUCCCGAAGACCAGAGGUACCAGCAUUUAAGAGGAAAGUACGUGAUGCAUCCCUUCUCUUUCCGUCUGCUCCCCGUCGUCUUCGAUGAGUUUGUGGACAUGAGCUUUGGGACCGGUGCUGUGAAGAUCACCCCCGCGCACGAUCAGACUGAUUACGAGGUUGGGAUGAGACACUCCCUGGAGUUUAUUAAUAUCAUGGAUGAUAACGGAAAACUCGUCAACGUCCCCGAGCCGUUCCUGGGAAUGAAGCGUUUUGAGGCAAGAAAAGCUGUUUUAGAAGCACUGAAAGUAAAAGGUCUAUUUAAAGAAAUUAAAGACAACCCCAUGGUCGUCCCAAUCUGCAGCCGUUCCAAGGACAUCGUUGAGCCUCUGUUAAAGCCCCAGUGGUACGUCCGCUGCGACGAGAUGGGGAAGAAAGCGGCCGACGCUGUCCGCGACGGACAUCUGACAAUCAAACCUGAAUUCCACAACAAGACCUGGUUCACCUGGAUGGAUAAUAUCAGGGAUUGGUGCAUCUCUCGCCAGCUGUGGUGGGGACAUCGAAUUCCCGCGUACUUUGUUACCAUCGAUGACCCGUCCGUCCCGGCAGGAGAGGAUACCGACGGCAAGUACUGGGUCAGCGGCCGCUCAGAGGAGGAAGCAAGAGAGAAGGCGGCAAAACUGUUUAAUGUGGAACCCGGGAAAGUUUCUCUGCGCCAAGACGAGGACGUUCUUGACACCUGGUUUUCAUCGGGAAUUUUCCCCUUCUCCAUUUUCGGAUGGCCCAAUGAGACUGAAGAUCUCAAUGUUUUCUAUCCCGGUACGCUGUUGGAGACCGGCCAUGACAUCCUUUUCUUCUGGGUAGCCCGUAUGGUGAUGCUCGGCCUCACGCUAACCGGAAAACUGCCCUUCAAAGAGGUUUACCUCCAUGCCGUAGUCCGUGAUGCCCACGGACGGAAGAUGAGCAAAUCCCUUGGAAAUGUCAUCGACCCCCUGGAUGUGAUCAAUGGAAUUACUCUGGAGGGUCUCCAUGCUCAGCUCCUGGACAGUAACUUGGACCCUGCAGAGCUGGAGAGAGCCAAAGACGGACAGAAAUCUGACUACCCCGGUGGGAUCCCAGAGUGUGGGACGGACGCUCUGCGGUUCGCUCUGUGUGCAUAUACCAGCCAGGGCCGGGACAUUAACCUGGAUGUGAACAGGAUUCUGGGUUAUCGUCAUUUCUGCAACAAACUCUGGAACGCAACCAAGUUUGCGAUGAGGAGCCUGGGAGACGGGUAUAUCCCCCCCGAGUCUUCGCUGACCACCGGACAGGAGAGUAACGCGGACCUCUGGAUUCUGAGCCGUCUCAGCCUAGCGGUGGAACUUUGCAACACUGGAUUCCAUAACUACGACUUCCCCGGAAUCACCACGGCUGUGUAUAACUUCUGGCUCUAUGAGCUGUGUGACGUUUACUUGGAGUGUUUGAAACCCGUGUUCUCUGGUUCCGACGAUGUGGUGAAAGCCGUGGCCAGGAACACUCUGUACACGUGUCUGGACGCUGGUCUCCGGCUCCUCUCCCCUUUCAUGCCGUUCCUUACAGAAGAACUGUACCAGCGGCUACCCCGCCGCGCCGCUGCGCAGCACCCCAGCAUCUGCGUCACCCCCUACCCUGAUGCCACGGAGUUCCACUGGCGAGAUGAGGAAAUCGAGAAAAACAUGGAUCUGGCUCUGUUGCUGGUGAAGUCGAUCCGGUCUCUGCGUGCCGAUUAUAACCUCACCAAAACAAAGGCUGACUGUUACGUGAAAUGCCAGGAUGCGGAAACACGUUCCGUAGUAAAGGCUUACACUUCUUACAUCACCGUUCUGUCUUCGACGAACUCCCUGAUUAUCUUGCAAGCCGAGGACCCAGCGCCGCUUGGCACCGCCGUCAACACCGCAUCCGACAAAGCCACCGUCUACCUUAGUCUCAAGGGUCUGAUUGACGUAGAGAAGGAGCUCUCCAAGCUGCAGACAAAGAGAUCCGACCUGAGCCGACAGCUGGAAAAACUGAAAGAGCGGGUGGCAGGUGCAGAUUAUCGCACCAAAGUACCCCCCGCGGUGCAGCAGGGAGACUCCGACAAGAUCAAACAGAUCGAGACGGAGCUUCAGAAGGUGGAAGAAGCGACGGUGAGCUUCCAGCAGAUGGUUUAAUAUAUUCUUUAGUCGCCCAGACCCGCCGCUGCCUGAGGGUGGUUUUAGUUUUGUUUGUUUUUUUUGUUUUUUACCAACAUGCGCUGUAAUGCAGAAAA